AUGAGCGAGUACAUCGGCAGUCGCAUAUCGCUUGUCAGCAAAAGCGAGAUUCGAUACGAGGGCACUCUCGUCAAAAUCGACAGCGAAACCGCGACAGUCUCCCUGCAAGAAGUGCAAUGCCACGGCACCGAGGGCCGCAAGAACAACCCCAAUGAGGAAAUCCCAGGAUCCGACUCUGUCUACGAUGGCAUUGUCUUUCGCGGCAGCGAUGUCAAGGACCUGACCAUUGUCGCGCCACCCAAGGAGAACCGCCCGCCGCAGCAGCAGAUGCCCAAUGAUCCAGCGAUCCUGUCARUACUACAGCUCGCUAACUUGCACCUCAGCAACCCGAACCCGUCGCACCACCCCACACGCAACAACAGCAUCCAUCGCAGCAGCAGAAUCAGUUCCGAGGGCCACAACCACCCUAUCCCCAGCAGCAACAGCAGUAUGGAUACCCAGGACCGCCGCCAAAUCAGUUCCAGCAACAUCCCAGGUUUCAAGGUCCGGGUGGUGCACAUGGCUUUCCUGGACAACCAGGUGCAGUGCCAGGUUAUGGGAUGGGAUACGGUCCACCACAGCCGCCACCAGGAUAUGCAGCCCAUCGGUCCUCCUGGCCAGCAGAUGGGUCCACCUCCCAAUGGUCAGCAACAGAGACCACCGCAGCAAACGCCAAGCCAGCAACGGCAAGCCCCGAUCGGUAGCAAGCAAAACACGCCGCAGCCAGCGAGCUCGCAAGCUCCCCCACCUGACGCUCCCGCGCCUGCUGAGAUGUCCGAAUUGUCUACUACUCCUGCACCAUCGUCUGGAAAGACCCCCGCUGGCCCUCCACCGCCGAUCGAGUCGAAGCCACCAGCCGCCGCUGCAAAUGCUCCGUCCAAGGCGAACCAAGCYCCUCCGCCCGCCGUUCCAAAGCCCGCCAACAAGACUAGCAAUCGAGUAGCCGUGCCUUUGGCGAUGGGCAGUCCAGCUGCCAGACAGCAACCAAAGCCUGCUGCUCCUGCCCAAACUCCUCCGGUUGCGGCACAGGCACCGCAACCGCAGCCGCCUCAGACGAAGGCAUCGGCUACUGAUGCUGCGACUGCUGCAGUGGCAGCUGCAAUGGCCAAGCUCGGUGCAACGAACCGUCCAAGCGGUGGCGUGGAGAACCUCACUCAGAAGGUGUCUCAAAUGAGAGUCGAUGAMGCGCAGUUCAGAGGACGAGGACGUGGCCGAGGUGGUCCAGGGCCGCGUGGAGGUAGACACGAAGGCGGACAGAAGAAUGUUGAGGUUCCGAAAGAGGAUUACGAUUUCGAGACGGCGAACGCCAAAUUCAACAAGAGGGAACUCGCGAAGGAGGCGAUUGCUUCGGGCAGUCCGUUGGGAAGUCCUACUAAUGAUGCAUUCCCAUCCAGUGCCAACGGGCAUGGGGGUGAUGAAGAUGUCGUGAUCCCACCAAAACCUUCAAACGAGAAGGGCUAUGACAAGAAGUCAUCCUUCUUCGACAACAUCAGCAGCGACCUCAAGGAUCGUACCGAGCAACAACAGACCAGUGAAUUUGUUGAUGGAAGGGCCAUGCGACGAGACGAAAGAAACAGAAACAUGGAGACUUUUGGCCAGGGGAGCGUCGAUGGCGGAUUCCGUGGCAGAGGUCGCGGACGCGGCCGUGGAUUUGGGGGACGCGGUCGGGGCUACCAUGGUGGUGGACGUGGAGGGGUUGAGGGGGGUGAUCGUGGCGGCUUCAGGGGUCGUGGUGGUAGAAAUCAGGGCGGCGAAGCUUUUGCCGCUGUUUGA